UAAUCCGACUCAUGUUGCUUAUAGUCUGAUUUUGAAUCAUUCAGUCACUGCCUGUUUUCUUUCUCCUCAGAGAAACAUCAGUUUAUACUGCUCCAGAAAGAAGUAACUAUGAUAUCACUUAAAAUGUAGAUUUUGGAAACACUGGAGGAUUUGAAGUCCGAGGACCUUAAGAAAUUCAAGAGGCUCCUUCAGCACAUUUAUGAAAUAAAUAAAGAAUACCCAAGAAUCCCAAGGCACCGAAUGGAGACAGCAGGGAGAGUUGGCCUAGCAGAGCUGAUGGUGGAGACCUACGGCCAGCAGUCUGUGGAGGUGACCAGGGAGGUUUUAGAGAAGAUUAACAGGAGAGAUCUGGUGCAGAGGUUCUCUGAAAUCAGCUUAGGAUCUGGAGGGCCUUCAGGAAGCUUGGAGCUUGAGGGUUGUGGCAGCAUGACGCAGGUCUCCAGUGACUGGACUAAACUUGACCCUGAAGUGAAAAGUACAGACGAGACUCCAACUUACAGCCUACAGUCUGAAGCAGGAAACUUUGAAUGCAGCGUCUCUGGCUUGCGCUGGGUCUGUAAGGAAAAGGUCAGCUUGAAGUACCAGUUUUGCUCUUCGAAGUAUCACAUGGAGAAGAUUGAAAGCAUACAGUACAUGCCUGCAGGUCCCCUUAUGGACAUCAAGGUCAUUGCUGGGAAGUUAGAUGUUGUGUUCCUGCCUCACUGGAUCUGCAUCGACGACAACCCUACAAUAUUAGACAAGUUUGCAGUCCUGCACAUAGAUGACUGUGGAGUUACUGUGGAAAAAGUGUCUGAGGUCACAUCGUCCCAUGUCAAGCUGUGUGAGCCAACUUUCUCUCUGAAAAUGGUCCUGGUCAAACUUGGCUUUUCAGUGGAAAUAAACUGCAGGGUGUUCGUACACAAGACCAACAGACCAUUCCUCAAACUCCAUGUUUACCUGAUCCCACCUGACCCUGCUCUGAAAGAGGAAUUGGACAAGAAGAAAAACUCCUUUGGAUAUGAAGAAAUCCCAUUGCAACAUCCAAAGAAGCCUCUGAAGAUGAAUGAUUGGUUCAUCCUUACAGCACAUUUGGAUGGCAAAGAAAUGGCUUCUGAUUCAUUACAGCUCAUAUAUGAAAGCAUGGAGCCCAACUUCUACAAAUUGUUUAUUGAGAAUCCAGACAAAGACCUUGUGCUCCUGCUGAAACGGAAAAAUGAGCUUCCUGUAUGGACUGAGAAAAUUCUAAAAGAAGAAUACCAAAGCACAGGCCCUGUAAAAGCUGCGGGACCCUCAGCUGGAGCAGCAGAAGCUGCGGGACCCUCAGCUGGAGCAGCAGAAGCUUCAAAAUCAUCAACUGGACCAUGUGAUGAUGCUACAGUAAGAGUUGAAGAGAGAAGGAGACAGUCCCCCAGACCUGGUCCAAGUGGCAAGGAACACCGGUCUGCACAGAUACAGGAAGCAAAGGAUAAAAUGAGGCUUUUGAAAAUACUGAAAAAAAUGGAUGACGAUCAGUUCAAAGAAUUCAAAUGGCACCUGGAGAACCUCAGUGACAUCCCUGCGAGUGAACUGGAGGACAAGAAAAAGUUUGACGUUGUGAAUAAGAUCUGGCAGACCUACACAGAAAGAUCUGUGGAGGUAACCAAGAUUGUUUUACAGGAAAUACCCAGGACUGAUCUGGUGCAGAUGUUGUCAGAACCCAGCUCAUGACCCAAAGCUGCAGGAUCAUCAGCUUGAGCAUCUGGAGUGAAAACCACAGAGGGAGAGCAAAUCUGUGGAUGAACACUUGUCUGCAGGGAUCCACAAAGUGAACAUCUCGCUGACUCGGCACAACACAGCUUUAAUUCAACACAUGAUGGUUGAAAAUCAUCCUCAACUUGAACUGAUAUAUCAUGAUACAAACAAAAAACUGAGCUACAUUCAAGUUUUCUUCAAUCAUGUAAAGACACUGCAACAUCCAGCACUGAGUAACAAAGAAGGAAAUGUGAGCUUUUUAAAAUGUAUUUUUAGUCUAACUGAAAUUUGAAAGAUUUUCCAACAGAAGUGUAAAAUUAAUAAGUAUUUAUGAAACAGUCAUAUGAUAACAAUACUUGUGCACAUUCCACCAUGGCAACUGCUGAAGUUCCAUGUGAAGUUUUACAUGACCUUGUUGCUAAGAUACAGACUAAACAUCCAGAAGGAUUCUUGAUAAUAUCAGGAGACUUCAAUCAUGUUUCCCUCUCCUCCCACCUGACUGGAUUUACACAGUUUGUUAAUUGUCCCACCAGAGAAAAUAAAACCCUUGAUCUGCUGUAUGCUAAAGUCAAACAAGCUGACAGAGCUACUGCCUUUCCCCCAAUACGCAGUCAGACCACAACUUAGUUCUUCUGGAAACUUGUUACAAACCCUGUGUGUGGAGGCAGCCUGCAACUAAACUCACAGUCAGGAAACGGACACCAGAGGCAACUGAGCCUCUAAAGGACUGCUUUGAAUGUACAGACUGGAAUGUGUUGCUGGAAACAGAGGAGAACAGUAUGGACAUUGACAGACAGGUUGACUGCUUUACUGAUUACAUCAACUUCUGUAGAGACACAGUCAUACAUAAAAUGUCCAGCUGAACUUAAUGACUACAGACCAGUAGCCCUCACUUCUGACAUCAUGAAGACCUUGGAGCAGCUGAUUCUACGCCUACUGAGAGUCGAAGUCGAAGACAAACUCGACCCCCUGCAGUUUGCAUACAAACAACACAUGGGAGUGAACGAUGCUGUCCUCUACAUGCUUCACCGUGCCCCUGCUCAUCUGGGGGAAACUGGUGCUUAUGUGAGAAUCAUGUUCUUUGAUUUUUCAAGCGCAUUCAACACCAUCCAAACCAACAUACUCAAAAACAAGCUCACAGAGAUGAGAGUGGAUCUUUCCUUCAUCUCCUGGAUCACAGAUUACCUGACAGGAAGACCACAGUAUGUCAGGUUGGGGAACUGUGUUUCUGGGACAUUAAUGAGCAGCACAGGGGCUCCACAAGGGACUGUUCUGGCUCCAUUACUGUUCACACUGUACACAGCGGAAUACAACUUUUGAGUCCUGCCACAUCCAGAAAUACUCGGACGACGAUCUGAUAAAAGUGACUGGAGUCACAAGAACUAUCUCCUACUGAACACCUCAAAGGCUUCCUUGUUAUGAUGAUAUCUAGUAAUGUAAAUAAAUUAUCUUGUUAUAACAACAUAUCAUGUCAUAAGGAGAAACUGUUUUAAAGAGAUUCAUUGAUUUUUUUUUUUUAAUCACAAGAAAGUUAUGUGAUUAACAAGAUAAAGUGAAAUAAUUUAAAAUAUUAUGACAAGAAAACUUUGUUCUUAAAAUGACAAAAGUUGGUGUGGUAUUAACUGAAAUAUAUAACAUGAAACAUAUAAUUUUAUAACAUGAAUAUGAACUAGGUUAUUUGUUUCAUACAGCUUUUUUUUUUAAAAAAGGGUAAAAAGGAAACAUGUUCAUCUUCUAAAUCCAAGUUUGUAAUAUCUUUAUUCUUUGUUUUUCCAUCAUCCCUAAUGUAAAGGUUUCCUGUUAAGUUUUUGUUGUCUAAUAGCUUUGUUGACCUGUUUUUCUAUGAGUGGGACCCAUGCUCAUCUACAUGAUUAAAUAUUGGUGAUGUGAUGCAAAGCCCUGCCAA